AUGACAAAACCAGCCAUCGUGAUCAUUCCAGGUGCUUGGCACCGGCCAAAGCACUACCAGCAUCUCAUCGACAACCUAGCCAAGGUUAACUAUGAAGCCGUUGGCGUGACAAUGCCCUCAGUCGACUCUAGCCCUCCACUCGCCAGUUGGGACCAAGAUGCGCAAGAGGUCCGCCGGGUGAUCCUGGAAUACUUGGAUGCCGGCAAGGACGUGAUUGCCAUUGCCCAUUCAUUUGGCGGAAUCGCCAUGUCUGAGGCUGCCAAGGGACUCGGCAAACAAGAUCGAGAGAAGCAAGGCUUGAAGGGGGCAGUUUUGAGACUGGUUUAUAUGACCGCCAUGGCGCUGCCAAAGGGUCAGACUCACGUCGGGCAAAUCAAGCCGGUGACACCGGAAGAGGAGGAAAUCGAACGGCAACGCCAGGAAAUGCAGGCGAAGUACGGUGGAAUGAAGUUUACCGAGGAUGGAGCUAUGGUACUCGAUAAAGACAUCAUUGGCCAAGUGUUCUACAACGGAUGCGAUCCUAAAGAUGUGCAAGAGGCAGUCGAUAUGCUGGGAUCUUUCCCUACAGGCCCACUGAGUGUCCCGGUGACAUACUCGGCCUUCAAGGAGAUCCCGAGCACAUACAUCGUGUGCAAGAAUGACCUGGCGUUGCCAGUAUCCGUGCAAAGGAGAAUGAUUGCACAGGGUGAAGGCGCCUUUCAUGUCGAAGAGUGUGACGAGGGCCACUCGCCUUUCAUGAGCAACCCCGGCUUCAUCGUGGACUGUCUUCGCCGGGGGGCAGGUGAAGAUGUUUAG